AUGUCGUUGGUCAAUGCGACGACCACACCCCGGUUAUUGCGACUGGUGGAAUCGGGGAUGCUGGACAUUGGCUCGCUAGUGACCCAUCAUUUGUGUUUUCGCGGCUUGUGCGCUAAGCAGGAGUCGUGGUGUCAAGUUGAGGGUUACGUUGGUGGCAUCUGUCGCGUGUGGACUUGCUCUUUCCCCAUUCCGCUGUGUCGUAACCUCAUUCUCUGGCCCAAGUCUGAUGGAGCCACUGCGUACAAAACGUUUCAAGCAGCGGCAACACACCAGACGUUGAAGGUGGCCAUUGACUUUGAUCAUUGA